AUGGCAGCUGAGAACGCGGCGCCAGUGGCGCAAGACAGUCCCGUUGAUGCAGCUCCCAAUGCUAAUGCUGCCUUGGAAGCUCCAAAUGAUGUCGAUAUCGGUGCCGGAGCCGACGCCCUUCUUAAUGUCACGAUUAUGCUCCCGGGCUCGGAACCUUCGAAGAUGCAAAUAAUGGUAUCAUCCCAAGAACAGGUCCACGAAGUUCGCCAAUCCAUCAUCGACCUCCCCGCCGCAUUCCGAUACACGUGCUUCCACCUCGAAUAUCAGGGUGAAAAGGUCCAGGAUUUUAUCCCAAUUGCUGAAAUCCCCGGCAUUGGACCGGAUCCAGAAUUCCACCUCGUCGAAGACCCUUACACCGAAAAGGAGGCACGCAUUCACCUGGUUCGAGUUCGUGAGCUCAUUGGUGCUGCUGGCGAUAGAGUCGAUACCACCCAGGGUGUACUAGCUGGUACCUCCCUUUUUGAGUCUGCCAGUGCCGGUGCCCAGCAACCUGGCGAGGAGUCCAAGGAGCAGCCUAAGGAGGAUGAGUCCCAGAAAGAAGCUUACGACUUUCAGGGGACCCCUCCUUUGGCCAGCCUUGUCCCCGAGCAGACAGCGACUGCCCCAAAGACUGUCAAGACUAUUGCUCUGUCGACAUGGAACCCUCCUCCUUGUCACCUGCGACAGCGUGGUCACCUACUUUACCUCAUCGUAACGACGAACGAAGGCGAACAAUUUCAGAUUACUGCACAUGUGUCUGGGUUCUAUGUCAACAAGUCCUCCAACGCGAAAUUUGACCCAUUUCCGCGCCCGGCGCCCAAGGGUCAAGCUGCCCACUCUCUCUUGGAGCUUAUUGGGCUCAUCUCGCCAUCCUUCAACGAGACAUUCCAACAGCUGCAGGAGUACAAUAACACCAGGGACCCCCUCUCUACCUUCCAAAUCACCAAUGCGAUCCCCGCUGCUCCUUGGGCGGUCCCGUCGCCGAACUCAACGCUUUGUGCCCAUGUGCCAGAUGCUACGCGUCCCCAGGAGACUUACCUUUUGGCUGGCGUUGAUAACACUGAUACCCUUCGAGACUGGAACGAAGAAUUCCAGUCCGCCAAGGAACUUCCCAAGGAGACGGUUCAGGACAGAGUCUUUCGAGAGCGGCUCGUCUCGAAGCUCUUCGCAGACUACAAUGAUGCUGCUACAAAGGGCGCCGUAAUGGUUGCUCGCGGCGAAAUCGCGCCGCUGAACCCUACAGAAUGUACUGAUGCUCAAAUCUUCGUCUACAACAAUAUCUUCUUCUCUUUUGGCGCUGAUGGCGUCGGGACGUUCACAUCUGAGGGAGGCGAUGAGGCGGCCCGAGUUGCCACUGGUAAGGAUGUUGCUGGUGUACGGCUGGUGAACCAGCUUGAUAUCGAUGGCCUCUUCACUCCUGCUACUGUUGUUGUUGACUAUCUCGGCAAGCGCAUUGUCGGCCAAAGUAUUGUGCCUGGAAUUUUUAAGCAGCGCGAACCCGGCGAGAACCAGAUCGACUAUGGCGCCGUUGACGGUAAAGAGAUCGUCGCGGCUGAUGAGCGCUUCGCUGGCCCAUUUGGCAAGCUAUCAAAGGCAUUGAAGGUGAAACCUCAUGCGGUAUGGGACAAGGACGGAAAGAAAUUCGACUUGGAGGCCAGUGUUGAGACCAAGGGUCUGAUGGGUACCGACGGUCGCAAGUAUAUUCUGGACCUGUACCGAAUCACGCCCUUCGACAUCCCUUGGUUGGAGGAGAAGGCAAAGCAGCAGGACUCUGCCAGCAGCUACCCCCACCGCAUGACUGUACUGCGUCCUGAGUUGGUAGAUUCCUUUGGCCGCUUCCGUAUGAAGCAGUGGAUCGAUAAGGAGGUUGCAGAGCAUGCCAAGGAGAACCCCUCCCAGGGAGAAGAUGGUGAGAAGAGAGAGCCUGGGGAUGUCAAGGAGAACGGCACUUGGCAGCCUGACCUCUCCAAGUUCAAGUUCUCCCUUAACCCUGAUGUAUUCAGUGGACAAGUGCCGCAGACUCCUGAGGAGACAGCGGAGCUGGAGGCUGAUGAGAAGGAGGUGCGAGCUGCCUGUUCGUACCUGCGGGAGCAGGUCAUUCCUGGCCUGCUUCGCGAGCUGUCUGAUUCCGACGUUAGCUUCCCCAUGGACGGACAGUCUCUUAGCCGGCUCCUGCACAAGCGGGGUAUCAACAUCAGAUACCUUGGUCAAGUAGCUUCGCUUGCUACUGAUGGCCGUCUGAAGUGUCUCCGUGAAAUUUGCAUCCAGGACAUGGUAGCUCGUGCAUUCAAGCACGUUUCGGCCACCUACCUCCGCGCACUGCCUCUCGCCUUUACCCCAGCUUGCAUUGCUCACCUGUUCAACUGCCUUCUGGGCCACAAGGUUAACCCUAAGCCUCGCAGCGAUGUCGAUGCCCAGCUUCGGUCACUUUACAAGGAUACGGACUUUUCUUUCGAAGAUGUCACGCCUGAGAGCCUGCGCCGUGAUAUGGAACAGGAAAUUAUGAAGCGAUACAGAUAUGAAUUGGAAUCUCAGUGGGUUGAGACUCUACGCCCUAUUCAGCUGCUGCGCGAAAUUUCCCUGAAGCUGGGGCUGCAGAUUGAGGCCAAAGAGUACGUUUUUGAGGACUCUACCUUGAGUUCCGGUGCCACCAAUGGCACCAACGAACCCGCUCAGGUCAACAGCCAGACCCAAGGAGAUUCCAAGAAGAGCAAGAAGAAGAAGGGCAUCCGGGAUGGUUCCCCUGCUGCUUCGCAGCCUCCCGUCUCCACUUUCAGCCCAGAUGACAUCGUUGACAUUGUUCCCAUUGUUAAGCACUCUUGCCCACGCAGUGCUUUGGCUGAGGAGGCUCUAGAAGCUGGCAGAAUUUCGAUCCUUCAGAACCAGAAGAAGCUUGGUCAAGAACUGCUUUUGGAAUCGCUGUCUCUUCAUGAACAAAUCUAUGGCAUCUUGCACCCUGAGGUGGCCCGCGUCUACAACAGCCUUUCUAUGUUGUAUUACCAGCUUGACGACAAGGAGGCCGCCGUGGAGCUCGCCCGCAAGGCCAUCAUCGUGUCUGAGCGCACCGUCGGCGUGGACUCUGCCGAGACCCUUCUAAACUACCUGAAUCUUAGUCUCUUCCUUCACCAAGCUGGGGAUAGCAAAUCCGCCCUUGUUUUCUCCAAACAUGCUCUGGACUUGUGGAAGAUCAUCUAUGGCCCUGGGCAUCCCGACUCCAUUACAACCAUCAACAACGCCGCAGUGAUGCUGCAGUAUCUGAAAGAAUAUCACGAAUCUCGACUCUGGUUCGAGGAGUCUCUCCGAGUGUGCGAAUCCGUUUUCGGAAAGCAGUCUGUCAACUCUGCAACUUUGCUCUUCCAGCUGGCGCAGGCACUGGCGCUUGAUCAUGAUUCUAAGGGGGCUGUGAACCGCAUGCGCGAAUCUUACAACAUAUUCUUAAGCGAACUCGGUGCGGAUGAUAAGAACACCAAGGAGGCCGAAAGUUGGUUGGAGCAGCUCACGCAAAACGCGGUGUCGAUUGCCAAGCACGCGAAGGAUGUGCAAGAGCGCCGCAUCAAGUCCGGCAUUCGCGCACCCUCGCAGACCAUCGCUCCCACGCCCCAGCAUCGUGGCGGCUCUCAGGUGGACUCUCGAAGCAUCGAUGAAUUGAUCAAAUUUAUCGAAGGCGAUCAGGGCGGCAAGUCCAAGAAGCGCACCGGCCGAGGCAACCCCAAGAGGCGAGGCUAG